AAGUCACCUACUCUCCUCUCUACUCAAGAACAACCUCAACAACCAGCACCAUGUGUGGCUACUAUGGAAACUACUAUGGCGGCAGAGGCUAUGGCUGCUGUGGCUAUGGAGGCCUGGGCUAUGGCUAUGGAGGCCUGGGCUGUGGCUAUGGCUCCUACUAUGGCUGUGGCUACCGUGGANUGGGCUGUGGCUAUGGCUAUGGCUGUGGCUAUGGCUCAGGCUCUCUCUAUGGCUGUGGCUAUGGAUGCGGUUCUGGCUAUGGAUCUGGAUUUGGCUACUACUAAAGACAUCAUAAGAGACUCUCGUCUUCUCCAAUUCUGACUUUAAGACUCACCAAAUACACUGAGCCUCCUCUCUGAAGAUGAUGUUGCCAAGAAGUUUAUUAGGAUCUGCUGUGACUUGCAUCGAGGCCACAUGCUUCCUGGAUGUCCCUCAUAAAAAGAGGGAAUGAAAUUGACAUGACUUGUGUCACUUCCAUGGUUCUCAGUAUAAUAUCAUCAGAGCAAUGGUCUUGAUGACUCUGACUCUUGUUCUCAUUUAUCUUGUCUCUAAUAAACAUCUU